GCGCUCCCGCCCCGGGGCGGCCCGAGCGCCGCCCCGCGGGACGGCUUCCCAGUGCGCCCGGCGUCUCGCUCGUCUGCUCCGCCGCCACUAGCUCCUGCGCGCGUCCGCGCCCGGCAUGGCUGGCAAAGCACACAGGCUAAGUGCUGAGGAGAGGGACCAGCUGCUGCCAAACCUGCGGGCCGUGGGGUGGAACGAGCUGGAAGGCCGGGAUGCCAUCUUCAAGCAGUUCCAUUUCAAAGACUUCAAUCGGGCUUUUGGCUUCAUGACAAGAGUGGCUCUUCAGGCUGAGAAAUUGGACCACCAUCCUGAAUGGUUUAACGUGUACAACAAGGUCCACAUCACCCUGAGCACUCAUGAGUGUGCGGGCCUUUCAGAACGGGACAUAAACCUGGCCAGCUUCAUCGAGCAAGUAGCAGUGUCCAUGACAUAGACCCUGCCCUUCCUCUCUCAGUUCUUCAGGGGAAAGGGGCCACUGAACUGGGGAUCCAGAGAGGGAACUGGGGAGCCCUGAGAUGUUGGUGCAGUCAGAAGGGCCAAGUUGACCCCGCUGCUUCUAUUUAGGGGCAAGUCCUUGCCGUGGAAGGAGAGGCCAACAUCACUGCCAAGACGAGGAACUUAGACCGUUUUUCCCCACACCACUGUCGUCCUCCUUGGGACUCUGUGACAUGUACAUUGAUUUGAAUUAGUUCUUCCCUUUCUUUACAACUUCCCAGCAACAGUAACGAUUUUCUUUCCUGGCUGUGUCUUGCUCUCUUUCUGAUUCAUUUCCCAAGAAGCUGUGAUAGAAGCUGUGUUUAAGAUAAACAAAGUCUUAUCUUAGAAACCAGUAACCUAAAGCCAUCCUCAUCCUGUGUGACAGAAACCCCAUGUGCUUUUAUGCCUCAAAUAAAAACACUGUUUCACUUGG